AUGAGUACUGCAGAGAAUCAAAGUGAUAGUGAUGUUCCAGCUGACGCACCUCACGCUUGUCCUGGUACGUCAAGCAAUCUUGCUGGACAAGUAUCGGCUUGUGCAGGUUGCCCAAACCAAUCGAUAUGUUCAUCUGGUGAGACACGUCGUAUUGAUCCAGCGCUCGUUGAAAUUGCUCAACGUCUAUCGUCCGUUAAGCAUAUCAUUCUUGUUCUUAGUGGUAAGGGAGGUGUGGGGAAAACGACAGUGUCCGUGAUGCUAGCACGAGCAUUAGCACGAAAUCCUCAAUUACGUGUUGCUCUACUCGACAUUGAUAUUUGUGGGCCAAGUGUGCCGAGAGCGCUUGGUGUCGAAAAUGAACAAGUACAUCCUAGUGGUUCUGGUUGGUCACCCGUUUAUGUCAGCGAAAACCUAUCUGCCAUGUCCGUUGGCUUCUUGUUAACUUCACUCGAGCAAGCAGUCAUAUGGAAAGGCCCACGUAAAGAUAACAUGAUCAAGCAAUUUUUAUUAGAUGUCGACUGGGGUGAAGGUGAAUUAGAUUAUUUGAUCGUCGAUACACCUCCUGGUACAUCCGAUGAACAUUUAUCUGUUGUCAACUAUUUGAAAAACGUUGCCUCACUAUCUGGCUGCAUUUUGGUGACAACACCGCAAGAAAUAUCUUUGCAAGAUGUUCGAAAAGAAAUAUCGUUUGUAAAACAAACCAAUUUAAAUGUACUUGGUAUUGUUGAGAAUAUGUCGAUAUUUAAAUGUGGCAAAUGUCAUAAAGAAAGUCAAAUUUUUCCGAAACACCACGGCUUACGAGAAUUAUGUGAAACCAAUCAGUAUGAGUUGCUUUCUAGCAUUCCAAUCGAUCCAUCCAUUGCAAAAUGUUGUGAUGAUGGAGAGGAUCUUUUCGACAUCUAUCCGGAUUCGUCUACUGCGAAAGUUUACUUAAAUUUAGCAGAAAAAAUUCAAGAGAAAUGUCAAUUAAAAUAG